GGUAUCGCCCUCCUCGGUCCGGAAGCCGUGGUUGCGGGUCGGCCUCCCCGGUACGGUGGCCUGCGAGGGUCAUUUCUAGCGCCACAGAAAAGCUGGGAAGGAACCCCUUGGCGUCCGGCUCCCCCGAGGUCAAAGCCGCGGGAACAUGGACAGUGAGGUGCAGCGGGACGGAAGGAUCUUGGAUCUCAUCGACGACGCCUGGAGGGAAGACAAGCUGCCCUACGAGGAUGUGGCGAUACCGCUGAACGAGCUGCCCGAACCAGAGCAGGACAACGGCGGCACCACGGAGUCUGUCCGAGAACAAGAGAUGAAGUGGACAGACCUCGCCCUGCAGUACCUGCACGAGAAUGUGCCCCCCGUCGGGAACUGACACCCCGCCCCUCGCACCAUGGGUGUUUUGAGAAUACACACACAGGAAACGUCGUCUCAGCCUCCCGAGUCAGACUGGUGGGAAAUAAGUGCUCCAAGCCGCACGCCCGCCUGGCCUGUGGCAGCGCGCGUCUCGGGAGCGCAGACGGCCUGGCUCCGUACCCCUGGAGCUCUGCCGUCGCUCGCCCGAGUUUGAACAUGGUUGCUUCAGCCUUUACCUUUCUCUCCGGCUUCGCUUCACUGUCAAAGUGCGACACUCCCCAGCCACUUGGACGUUUCCUGUGCCGAAGAGGAAAGGAGGAAGGCAGGCCUCGGACAGCUCCGGACUCCUGGUCCCCACUUGGAGAGGCACUCUGAGGGCACUUGGCCUGUCGCUGUUGGGCUACACAGAUCUCGUGCCCUGGUCACUGUGACGCCAGAGCUCCUGCGUGCCGUUUGCAGAAUUUGGGUUGAUUUACAGAUUUAAAAAGUGUCUCUUCCCCUACAGCUUCCUUUGAUGCUGCUGGGGAGACCCUUCAGCUAGGUGGACCACGAAUCGUAUCAGCUAAUAAUGGCAUAUCUUCAUGGCCCUAAGCCCUUUCACGUGGAACCGGAGCACCCUCGUGUCAGGAUUUAGUUAAAUGCUUGUUUCACUAAACACUUUGCAAAACACAU